UACGUAUCAUGAAUUUGAAAUAAUUUUUUGGUUGCCAAGUAAAAGUUGUGACCUCUGACCUGCACGUUGCAAAUAUUGUCAUGUGACAGUCAGUCAUGGCGGACGUCGAUCACAACUGAAGAGGAAAGACCUUCAAAGUCACGAGAUUUUUAUGCUUUUAAUUGUAAAAUAUAUGAUCAAUAAUGUUUUGACAACUACAGAAGAGUUGAUCUUUCAGUGGAAACCGUCGGCGUUCUUUGUCAGGAAGGUGGGCAAGUCUCCUGGAGUUAAGACAAACAAACAAACUGGAUCAACCAGGCUGAAGAAGUUGUCUUGAACUUUCUCAGUUUCUGUAGCUCCAAGUGUCAAGUGCCACGUGAAAUCGUGACUCGUGCAAAAGAUCUACCUUUAUCAUAAAAUUAUUGAGAAAUCUCUGUAGCUCCAAGGAGAUUUCAGUGGAACACUAUAACCUCCUAGGUAGCUGCAAGUGUCGUGCCACAUAAAAUUGUGACUUGUGCAAGAAAUAUACCUUUAUCAUAAAAUUUAGAAAUCUCUGUAGCUCCAGUGUUGUGCUACAUUCAAGCGUCACCAACUGACUAGUCCAAAUUUGUGCAAAAAAUCUAACUUUACUAUAAGAAAACAUUAUGCACUACCUCCAACUUCACUACAAUGACUCCCACCCAUGGAGCGCCUACCCUACGAUGGACCCAGACUAUCCCGUGAACUGUUCGGAACACGGUGGGGUGGAGUGGAUCUGGCACACGUUUAAACAGUGCGUGGUCGGGCCUAAAGAGUACACGGGAUUCAUCUUAGGUCUGGUGUCUAUACUCUGCUGGAUUGUCGUCAGUCUACCUCAGCUGUACAAGGGUUGGAAGAAUGGAAACGCUGACACAGCACUGUCUUUGCCCUUCCUGCUGCUCUGGCUGUUCGGAGACACAGCAAACCUCGUGGGCUGUGUGCUCACUGGACAACUACCUAUACAGUUGUACACUGCCAUCUACUAUGUGUUCAUGGACUGCCUGAUGAUCACACAAUGGUUCUACUGUUUACUGAAGAACAGGAGAAGAAACAGGAGUUUGAGGUUAACUGUUCCAGGGGGUGACGAUGUGUCCAUCAACGGCGCUGUCCUGUCCUGCUGUCUGCUGCUGUCACUCAACGGCCUCGUCUUCAGCAUGUCUCCAUGGCAACGGGACGUAUCCAUGGCAACCGUCAAGCACUCCUCGGGACGAUCUCUUCUCAGCCAUCCAAUAUUUCCUGAUGUGGAAAGUGAUGUGGGCUACGCCAUCGGUAUUGUGUCUUCUGUGCUGUAUCUCGGGUCUCGCAUGCCGCAAAUCUACAAAAAUUGGAAGCGUAAGUCUACAGAAGGCCUGUCCAUCUGGAUGUUUAGUCUGGCUAUCCUGGGUAACCUGCUGUACGGACUAAACAUCCUGCUGCAGGGAACACAGGGGUACUUCAUCAUCCGUCACCUGCCCUGGCUCAUCGGCAGUCUGGGCACCAUGACAUUCGACUCUACUUUAUUUCUCCAGUUCUUUGUUUAUGGUGCUGAAGAUGAAGAAAAGAAUUCUGAAGACACGGACCCCAUCCUUCAGUCUGCCGACGGGACUGUCUUAGUGUGACGUCAGUCGUCUUAGAGUCACCGUCAACAACUUGGAAGGAAGUUUAAAGUUAAAACUUUUGAUCCAACACAAAGAAGUUGACUCUCACCAAGAGCUUUCGACCAGUCACUCUGGUCUUCCUCAGU